AUGAAACUAUGGAGUGUCGUUAUUCUGAUUGUAUUUGUUGGUAGUUUGAGCUUUGGACAGCUUUUCGAUUCAGUGGACGAUAAAACUUCAAAUUUCAUGAGUGAAAUGCUUUUACAAAUUUUGUCAGAAAUUAAUUGUACAACAGUUAAUUUGAAUAUGCGUUCACCGAAUGGCCUUUGUGAAAGCUUUGCAUCAACUUUUCUUAGCAUGUAUAAUGGUUCAGUGAAAAUCAACUCCAAGAGUUUCAAUAAAAGUGACACUGUCAUUAUGAUCCUUGAUUGGCAUAGGACCCAAUCUAUGACAUAUGAUCACCUAAAAGGAAUAAGGAUGCUUGUAUUGAUUGCAUGUAUGACAGAUACACCACAUAUUCGACUAUUGAUUCCAGAUAGUUUAACGAAAUCGAUCAUUACUAAAAUUGCAUUUAUUACAAUGGUUCAAUCAGAUAUUCCAAAUAUUGCUGAUAUAAAUAUAACAUUUUUGGAAAGAAUCAAAACGAGAAAUUGUGAAAUAUUAAACACUAACAUUAUACCAUUGAAUCAGACCUUGAGUUACGGAUCAACCAUCAUAAACUCCUCAGUUGGACACUUAUCCAAGAAUUUUCAAGGAUGCUCCAUGGAUGUUGGAAUAGUCCUACUAGCGCCAUUCACUGUCCUCUCUCGAAAACAUGGUUCUGCAAAAUACUCUGGUCUGGAAGUUGAUUUAUUGAAAGUUAUAGCCAAUUAUUUCAAUUUCAAAAUACGUUUCACUCCACCACCGAAUGGAAUGCAGUGGGGUGAACUGCGAGAAAACGGGAGUACUGGUUUAAUGGGAAUGAUACAGAAUGAAAAUGUAGAUUUUGCUGUCGGUUCAAUUGGAAGAUCUCUCGCUAGAAAUACGAUGUUACAAGCUGGGGUCGGAAAUUUUUACGAUCAAGGUAUCUUCGCUGUUCCACCUGGGAUACCAUACACACCUAUGGAAAAGUUGACCAUGCCUGCAACUACAAAUACUUGGGUUUUUGUAAUGGUCUCAUUCAUCAUUUUUUCGUUGCUGUUUUCGAUCGAUAUAAACGAACAAUUCCUUCGAAUCCAAUUCGAUAAGCGUGAAACAUUAUUCACGUAUGCGUGGUCGAUACUGAUGGGUGGAGUAAUGCACAAAACUCCAGUAUCAUUUUUCAAAAGAUAUUUAUUGAUUGGAUGGCUGACAGGCACGCUAAUUCUACGAAAUGCCUAUCAAGCAAUUUUGUUCAACAACUUAAGGCGUGGAAUUGAAUUUGAACCCUUUCUAACCCCGGCAGAGAUUGACAAAGCAGGACUCUAUUAUUACAUGUACAAUAUCUCACAGAGAUUUUUUAUUCGAAAUCCACACAUUCUCAAACGAUCUGUUAUAGUAAAGGACAAUAUAUCGCUCCCAGGAGUUCUGGAAAAUAUCGCGGACAACAAAUUGAAGGCCGCUUUUCCGUUACCGAAAUCAAAUGUGGCGUUCUUCAACAAACAACGGGUGUUCAGAUCGAAGGUUCACGUCACUCAAUACGUCAUUGAAACCUACGAGGUAGCAAUACACUAUCCCAAAGGAUCUCCACUGGCUGAACUAUUUGGUGCAGUGAUUUCACGAGUACGAGCAGGCGGUCUUCAUGAAUAUUGGAUACGGCAAUAUCAAGGUCCGAAACAAGAACCGUCAAAAGAGCCUAAGCAAUUGAGCGUUCACAGUCUUAUGGGAGUUUUUACGAUUUACGCAAUAUUGUGCGCAUGUAGUUGUAUUAGUUUUAUAACUGAAAUGAUAGCUGGUAAAAAUAAAAGACUAAUCUAG